AUGACGCCUCUGGCCAAAGAGGUGUUGGACAAUCUGGCCAAAUUCCCUCACUGCAUCUUGCUCACGCGCGUAGGACAGUUCUAUGAGUCAUAUUUCAGUCAGGCCGCGGAAGUCGCUCGCAUUUUAAAUAUCAAGCUCGCGUCCAAAAGAUGGGGCGGAGAGCGCGUCCCCAUGUGCGGAUUUCCUCUCAUGCAUCUGAGCAAGUACCUUAAGGUCCUUGUACAAGACAAUAACCGUUUCGUCGCCAUGUGUGAAGAGUUCAUGAAGUCGCGCAUCCUUGGUCCGAAGGGUGGUUUUAAUCGACGAGUCACUCGUAUCGUGACACCCGGGACACUGAUUGACGAACCUUUCUUGAAUCAGUACGAAAAUAACUAUCUGCUCUCCGUCUAUGCACCUUCCUCUGCUGAUAGCGACGGCAACCUUGGACUCGGGGACUCCGUGGGACUUGCUUGGAUCGACGUUUCUACCGGAGAAUUCUUCGCCAAAAGUAUUGCGAUUUCCCUUCUUAGAGAUGAGCUUGUGCGCAUCCGUCCUAAGGAAAUUGUGCUCGAGCAGAGCAUCUUCGAAGACUCGGCACACCCCGUUCGCCGGACUGUCGCGGAGGAGAAGUUCUUCGUGUCCCCAAUACAUCCAACCACUCAAUCACAGAACGAUGUCCUCUUCGCUGAACGCAUAGGCUCUGACGAUCUCACCUCCCAAAUGGAGCCGUCGGCCCUCACGUUCAAAAUUGCUCUGACAGAGGAAGAGUCCCAGGCUGUGCAGUUGCUCACUGCCUUCCUUCACGCCAAUCUUUUGGAGCACAUGCCUCGUCUGCCGUCACCAAGCAAGGAAGCAACGACAGGUAGAAUGCAAAUCGACGCGCAUACAAUCAAGUCUCUCGAAAUUUGCGAGACUAUCCGAGAAGGAAGCACGGCCGGCAGUUUGCUGAAUAGCAUCAAACGAACGGUUACGAACGGUGGAACGCGGUUGCUUGCUCGCUGGAUCUCUUCACCCAGUGUAUCUCUGAAAGAGAUCAACUCACGUCAGUCUCUCGUCGCCUUCUUCUACGCGCGACCACACUUGCGGCAAGACCUGUCAGAGAUGCUCUGUGAGCUCGAAGACUCAGCACGCGUUGUCCAAAAGCUCCUUCUCGGUCGUGGCGAUCACACCGACCUCUCCGCUAUCAGCGUGGGUGUCAAGGUCUGGGCCUCGAUCAAACGGCGCCUAGAGUUAGAGAAGAGGAUGGAGGCACAGGAGAAAGGUUCAUUGAAGGAUGAUGAGUGGGUUAGUCUGGAUACCUUGGUGGAAAAGCUGCAUAGUCUUCGGGUCCUCUCUAAUCGCAUAGAAGCGGCUCUGAGCAGGAAGGGUACCGCAUCAGUAGCGUCCACGUCCCAGGAUUUUUCAGAGGAUCAGGACGAUCACGAUCCUGAGCCUGAAGACGAGGCUUUUCCAGCCGUUCCCAAUUUCAAGCCUAAUUAUGUGACCGGUUUCAAUUGGACUGUGAGGCCAGAAUUCUCCGGACAGCUCACGGCACUGCACAAGACACUGUCUGAUUGCCUAGAUCGUCGAGAGCGAUUGGAACAACAUCUUCAGGCGAAGUACAACGCGCCUUCCUUGACCCUGCGUUCCUCGCCUGGCUAUGGUAUGCACGUCCACAUCGCCAAGGCUAAGCGUGACGUUGCGAAAAUCAGGGCAGAAUCUCUCUUCAUCCCUAUCUUGGAAAGUGCCUCUACGAGCAACUUCUUCCUUCAGGAAUGGUCCCAACUGGGUGCUCAAAUUGUUCAAACCACGAGUGAGAUACAAAUGGCCGAACGAGAGGCGUUCGAGAUCCUGAGAGAAGAAGUCAACGAACAUGAAACUAACAUUCGCCGCAAUGCUCGCAUCACUGAUGAGCUGGACGUCACGAUAGCCUUCGCCAGCUUGGCACACGAGAUGCAUUUCGUGCGGCCAGUGCUUCGGGAAGAUAAAUUCCAUCAUAUCGUAAACGGUCGCCAUCCCACAGUCGAGCUCGGCCUACUCGCCGCGGGAAGGACCUUCGUGCCCAACACUGUAGCAUUCAUGGCCGAUAGCCCUCUGCACGUCAUUACAGGCCCCAACAUGGCCGGCAAAUCCACUUUGCUCCGCCAGACUGCGCUCGUCUCCAUCCUCGCACAGACGGGCUCCUUUGUCCCCGCGGACACUGCUGAGGUCGGCAUCGUCGACGCGAUAUUCUCGCGGGUUGGCGCGAACGACGACUUGUUCCGCAACCGUAGCACGUUCAUGGUCGAGAUGAUGGAGACAGCGGACAUUCUCAGUCGGGCGACGCCGAAUAGCCUAGUGAUCAUGGACGAGGUCGGGAGAGGGACGUCAGUACAGGACGGCCUGGCCAUUGCGUUUGCCACGAUCCACCACUUAAUCACCGUGAACAAGUCCCGCGCACUGUUCGCCACCCAUUUUCACGAGCUUGCGGAUAUGCUCGGCUGUUCAGAUGGCGAGCGAGGCGACGGCAUUUUCCGCGGUGUUAGAUUCUUCUACACCGACGUUGAUGAGAUGGAAGACGGUUACUUCGCGUACUCGCACCGAUUAAAACCUGGUGUUAAUAGAGAUAGCCACGGCCUUAAGGUUGCUGAACUCGCUGGCAUGCCUGCGUCCGCCGUCACCGUCGCCCGCGCCGCCAUACACUCAUUCCGUGAUCCUACAGUUGGUCUCCUCUCACGCGACAGCUCUAAGCUGCGCUCACUCGGGCGGACCCUCACUGAAAGUAGCGUAUUCUAA